GUGAAAAGGCACAUGUUGUUGGAAUACUGCAGUUUAAAUAAUUUUUUUGUUUAUUUUCGGUUACAAAGCUAAUAACUAAUGAACUAAAAAUGUUUAAAUUUGAUUUUUCAAAUAAUGAAGAAGCUCGAGGUGUUUUAAAUGAUAAAAACGAAGAAAACAAAAAUUUAACUUGGCUUCCUGCUACUGAAAUAGAAAUAACUGAUGAGCAAUUUUCUAAAAAACUAUCUGAACGAGAUUAUAUAACUAUUACGUUUGAGAAUGUUGAAUUAAAAAUGAUUAAAUCAGAAAGUGCAAUUUUGAAUUUAAAAGCAAAAAAACAUGACAAAAUUAUUAAAGCAGAAUCACAACAUUCAGAUCUUAUUCCUGCUAUUUAUGAAGGUGGAUUAAAAAUAUGGGAAUGCAGUUAUGAUUUAGGAAAAUAUUUUUAUUCUCAAAACAUUUUUUGUAAAAAUUCUAAAGUACUUGAUCUAGGAUGUGGUACUGGAAUAAUUGGAAUUUUAGCUUUACUCAAAGGAUGUACUGUUCACUUCCAAGAUUAUAAUUCUGAGGUCAUUGAAUUAGUUACCAUUCCAAAUGUCUUAUUAAAUUUAGAAGACAGACAGAAAAUUGAAAAAAACACUCAAUUUUAUGCUGGAGAUUGGGAAAGAUUUGUUGAAUUAUUAAUUAAAAAAUAUCCGAAUGAAACGGAAAAAUACGAUGUCAUUUCAACCUGUGAAACUAUUUACAAUUCCUACAAUUAUCAAAAAUUAUAUCAAGUUUUCAAACAGCAAUUAAAAAAGGAUGGUGUAGGAUAUAUUGCUGGUAAAGUACAUUAUUUUGGUAUAGGUGGUAAUAUGAAAGAAUUUGAAAAAUUAAUAAAAACUGAUAAUGUUUUUAACGUUGAAACUGUUUGGAGAAGUGAAGAAGGCUUACAACGAGAAAUUUUAAAACUUACUCAUCGACAUUAGAAUUAAGGCGAUAAUCUUUCAAAUACCCAUCCAUCCUGACCUUCAUGAAUUAAAAUAUUAUCAAUUUUUUCACCAGGUUUUAAUCGUCUAAAACGGAUUCGAUCAUGUAAACGAUCACUCUGUCCUUGCCAAAAUUCAACUGAAUUGGGAAUAACAAUAAAUCCACCCCUAAUAGAAUAAUAAGGUGUUGUUAUUGAAUCAAAUAUAAUUGAUAAAAGCAAUUAGAAAAUUAUAUCAUACCAACAAGGUGGUCUAGGUACUUUAUUGUCUGGAAACUGUGCUAAUAAUUCUCUUUCUCUGACAAUUAGUGAAUUUCUUCCAGCAAUUACUGCACUUUGUUUACUUGCAUGAGCACCUACUUGGCUUGGAAAUGGUCGAGCGGAAAAAUAUGCAUCUGAAUCUUCUGCAGAAGUCUUUUCUACUCGUCCUUCGAUACGUACCUUAGGUUAAAUUAAAGUAUAAAAUUAAAAAAUACAAAUAUUUUAUUACAAUUAAA